CUAAAAAGUAGCAAGGAUUUGUGUAAUUGAUAUUUGUCUCUGUUUCUUGAGGAGACAGAGGAAGCUCCAAAGAAACAGAGUAGAGAUAAGAGAGAGAGAGGGAGAGAGAGAGAGAGAGAAAACAGAGGAAAUGGAGAGAGAAAAAGAAAUGGCUGAGUCCAAAUUCAAGAGGAUUUGUGUAUUUUGUGGGAGUAGUCAAGGGAAGAAGAGAAGCUAUCAAGACGCAGCAAUAGAGCUUGCAAUGGAGCUAGUGGCAAAAAACAUAGAUUUGGUGUAUGGUGGAGGCAGUGUUGGACUGAUGGGCUUGGUGUCUCAGGCUGUUUAUGAUGGUGGGAGGCAUGUCAUCGGAGUUAUUCCCAAGACUCUCAUGGAUAGAGAGAUAACUGGUGAAACUGUAGGAGAGGUGAAGGCAGUUGCAGGUAUGCACCAAAGGAAGGCUGAGAUGGCCAGGCAAUCUGAUGCCUUUAUUGCUUUGCCUGGGGGGUAUGGGACUCUUGAAGAAUUGCUUGAAGUCAUCACUUGGGCUCAACUUGGGAUACACAACAAGCCGGUUGGAUUGUUGAAUGUAGAUGGUUACUACAACACAUUGCUAUCCUUCAUUGAUAAAGCAGUUGAAGAAGGUUUCAUUGACCCAAGUGCUCGCCACAUAAUUGUAUCGGCUCCAAAUGCUAAGGAAUUGGUGAAUAAAUUAGAGGAGUAUUUUCCUCGUCAUGAAGGUGUUGCGCCUAAGCUAAACUGGGAGAUUGAGCAGCUAGGGCAUUCUGCAAAGUGUGAAAUUUCUAGGUAGAGAAUGGGAGGUAGAUGGAACGACAUUUUGGCAAAUGCGGAAGGCGCAAAUUCGCAAAAAACAAAUAUUAAAUUUAGGACAUGUUUGGGUUUUUGUAAAGUAUCACAAGUUGCUUCAAUAUAUAUAUUUCUUUCCUUU